AUGAAAGUUUGCGACGAAAAUAAAAACUCGGAACGGGCCGAAAUCAGUGGAAUCGUUUUCUGCAAAGGCUGUUUGAGAAACAGUCCCCGGGAACCAACAGAAAAUCGCAGAAAUAUGUCAUCCCCGUCGAAAUAUGUCUGUUUCAAAUCUCUGCGACGAAACUCGAACGCGUCGAUUCUGAGCUACUGGACUCGGUACUUGUGCGUUAUGGUGAUGUUCGCGUCGACAGACCCGAGGCAUCGACACCAAGCAGCAGCUGCAUCCACGUCAUCGUCUUCAUCAUCCCCAGGCAGUGAAUUUCGACACGAGAAAUGGAAAUCGCGCUUAACGUCGACCAGUGGCUCGACAGAAAUUCUGCACUUUCAGGAUUCUGUCGGUAGUUAUUCAGAGACCCCACACGAGGAAGACGCUUUAAACACUUUGCUGAAAGUUCUAGAUAUUCCGGCACCUAGCCGAAGAACGCGUCGAAUGUCACCACCGCAAUAUAUGCUGGACUUGUACAACAAAAUUGCUGACGAAAACGGACUGACAAUUGGCGAGAAUCCGUACGGAGCAAAAAUCAUCCGCAGCUUCAAACCUUCACUGCGUCGCCAGACCCGAAAGCCAAAUGAAAUCAGCAAGGAUGAAAUUAGUACGGGGGAAAAAAUUGCAAGUGAACACGGAAUAUUUCUGCAGUUCUCAAUCGGGGUGCUUCGACCCAGCGAAUCGGUGAUUGAAGCGGAAUUACACGUAUUUCGUUCGAAGCGAUUUCUUUCACCGAUGAAUGCAGAGGAAAACAAUGGACUUUAUCAGAUACACGUUUAUGAGCUGCAUCAUCGAAAGAAUACUUCAACUCCGAAGAAAUCCCAUCUAGUUUCUCACCUGGUGUCUACCAGUAGAGAAUCUUCUGGAAAUUGGGAAGUUUUCAACAUAGGCCACGCUUUGGCUUUAGAAGAGAGUCUUAAUUCCCUUUACGAUUCGAAAAACCGGGCCGAAAUCAAACUUUUAGUCGAGGCAACAACGACAAACGGGAAACCGUUGAAAUUGUCUCCAGAAACCGGACGCCAUUCAAAGCAACCGUUCCUCGUUUUAUACAACAUGGACGAAGUAUCUACUCGAAGUAAACGAUCAACGUCAAGCGAAAUCCAGUACAUGAAUUCCAGCUCCACGACUACCGAGUCAUCUUCGUCCGAUUCGUCAUCAGAAGCCACUGGCGUCACUUCCACGAUCCCUCUUAUCUCGGACGAACCGAAUACACUUCCAGCACCCACGGAAUCUCCGCCACAACCGGAAGAUCAUGUGAAAACGAUGCCUUGUCAACGCUUGCCGCUAUACGUUGACUUCGAGCUCAUCGGCUUGGAGAACAUAAUUUCCCCGCGAGGUUACCAGGCCUAUUGGUGCCACGGUUCGUGUAGUUACCCGCUAGGCCAAGAGGUGUCACCGUCUAACCACGCAACAGUGCAAAGCUUUGCUCAUCACGUUGGAUUGAAAAGUUCGUAUGGUCCGAAACCAAGGCUCAAUGUUUUGCUUCUUCGCCUCCUCUAG